UUCUAGUAAAGUGCAGAAGCCGGUCUGACAGGGAGUGCUCCCACCGCCGACGUUUUUCUGUCCACUUCUUCCAUCUGUUUCCACCUCCAGAUGCUCUAAUUUGUCUUCAAUACAGCAUUCCGUCUCUUCGCUGUCUUGGCCUGAAGUUAACUUGAUAUACAAAAGCUCUGAGAUGUCGACCUACCAGGAGUUCAUUCAACAAAACGAGGAUAGAGAUGGGGUGCGAUUCAGCUGGAACCUCUGGCCCUCCAGUCGUCUGGAGGCCACCAGGCUGGUGGUCCCCGUCUCCUGCCUCUUCACGCCUCUCAAAGAGCGGCCCAACCUGCCGCCCGUCCAGUACGAGCCGGUCAUGUGCAGCCGGGCCAACUGCAAAGCUGUCCUCAACCCACUGUGCCAAGUUGACUUCAAAGCCAAAAUCUGGGCAUGCAACUUCUGUUUCCAGAGGAACCCUUUCCCUCCCUCCUACGCAGGCAUAUCAGAGGUGAACCAGCCAGCCGAGCUCAUGCCACAGUUCUCCACCAUCGAGUACAUAGUUCAGCGCGGACCCUCGGCCCCGCUCAUCUUUCUGUAUGUCGUGGACACAUGCUUGGAAGAAGAGGACCUCCAGGCCCUGAAGGAGUCCCUCCAGAUGUCCCUGAGUCUGCUGCCACCAAAUGCCCUGGUGGGCCUCAUCACUUUCGGCCGCAUGGUCCAGGUCCAUGAGCUGACAUGCGAGGGGAUUGCCAAGAGCUACGUCUUUAGGGGCACCAAGGACCUCUCCUCCAAACAGAUCCAGGAGAUGCUUGGGCUGAUGAAGCCAGCAGCACCGGGACAGCAAAGUCGCCCCGUGGCUCCUCAAGAAGCUGCUGCCUCAUGCAGGUUCCUGCAGCCAGUCCAUCGAGUCGACAUGAACCUGACCGACUUGCUGGGAGAACUCCAGAGGGACCCCUGGCCCGUCCCUCAGGGGAAACGCCCGCUGCGCUCCACCGGCGUCGCGCUGUCUGUUGCUGUCGGCCUCCUUGAGGGGGCUUUCCCAAACACAGGGGCUCGUGUGAUGCUGUUCAUCGGGGGGCCGCCCACCCAGGGCCCCGGCAUGGUGGUGGGAGACGAACUGAAAACCCCCAUCCGCUCCUGGCACGACAUCCAGAAAGACAAUGCACGGCAUCUGAAGAAAGCUACCAAGUACUAUGAAGCUUUGGCCAACCGCUCAGCUGUGAACGGACACAGUAUCGACAUCUACGCGUGCGCUCUGGACCAGACAGGCCUUCUGGAGAUGAAGUGCUUAUCUAAUCUCACAGGGGGUCACAUUGUGAUGGGGGACUCCUUCAAUACGUCCCUGUUUAAGCAAACUUUCCAGAGAGUCUUCAGCAAAGACUACAAUGGAGAUUUCCGGAUGGCGUUCGGAGGAAACCUGGAGGUCAAGACAUCCAGAGAGCUGAAGGUCUGCGGGGCCAUCGGGCCGUGUGUUUCACUGCACUCAAAGGGUCCUUCUGUUUCAGAGAAUGAGAUGGGCAUUGGGGGCACAAACCAGUGGAAGCUGUGCAGUCUCGACCCCUCCACUACUUUGGGUGUUUACUUUGAAGUUGUGAAUCAGCACAAUGCACCAGUCCCACAGGGUGGUCGAGGGGCGAUCCAGUUCGUAACCCAGUACCAGCACUCUAACACGCAGAGGAGGAUACGGGUCACCACCAUCGCCAGGAAUUGGGCGGACGCCCAGUCUCAGAUUCAGCACAUUGAGUCCUCGUUCGACCAAGAAGCGGCCGCCGUGCUCAUGGCUCGCCUGGGCGUCUUCAGGGCCGAGUCAGAGGAGGGCCCAGAUGUUCUCAGGUGGCUCGACAGGCAGCUUAUCCGCCUGUGUCAGAAGUUUGGUCAGUUCAACAAGGAUGAUCCAACGUCCUUCAGACUGUCUGAGUCCCUGUCCCUCUACCCACAGUUCAUGUUCCACCUCCGGAGGUCACCGUUCCUCCAGGUGUUCAACAACAGCCCUGAUGAGUCGUCCUACUACAGGCACCACUUUGUCAGGGAGGACCUGACCCAGUCCCUGAUUAUGAUCCAGCCCAUCCUCUACUCCUACUCCUUCCAUGGGCCACCAGAGCCUGUGCUCCUGGACAGCAGCAGCAUCCUGCCGGAUCGAAUCCUGCUGAUGGACAGCUUCUUCCAGCUGGUUAUCUACCACGGAGAGACUAUUGCUCAGUGGAGAAAGGCAGGCUACCAGGAAAUGCCAGAGUAUGAGAACUUUAAGCAGCUGCUUCAGGCUCCUCUAGAUGACGCUCAGGAGAUCUUGCAGACACGCUUCCCCAUGCCUCGCUACAUCGACACUGAACAUGGAGGCUCACAGGCGCGAUUCCUGCUGUCUAAAGUCAACCCAUCGCAAACACACAACAACCUCUACGCCUGGGGACAGGAGACAGGAGCGCCAAUCCUGACUGAUGAUGUCAGCCUGCAGGUCUUUAUGGACCAUUUAAAGAAACUGGCUGUUUCCAGCUCUGCAUAGACAUCUGUCAAGGCACAAAAUAAACAAAAAGAGGAAUAUGACCAUCAGCUACCAGGAUCCAUUAACAUUUCCUAUGUUUCUUUUUUUUUUUUUCAAAGAAGCCAACCCUUUAAAGUCUGUGUGUCUCUAUCGUGACUUGUUAACUUUUGAUAAGAGGAGCAACAGAAAAGGGUCGCCGACAGCGAAUUCCUGCAAAUAUUACGUGUCGAGUCAUUUUCAACUUAUUUAUGAGGAAUGGUUCUUCUCUGUAUGGAAAUGAGACUCUGUGAAACAUUUUACUAAUUCCACAUCUGUAUUAUAUUUGUUCUUCCCUUUGACAUGCAGAGUGAUUCGACUAAUUUGUUCUCUGUGUAUUUACUGCAUCAGACGGGGUUAAAGCUGCUGUUAAAAUUAUUGCCUGUACAUGUAUGCAUCUGCUUUGUCCAUAGCUUGAGAUUACAUGUGUAGAAUGUUUUUCAGAAAAAUAAAUUAUAGCAGAAUAUCCGGUG